AUGGCUUCAGCAAGCGGCAAGGCGGCGGCACAGUCGUCUUCAGGCACCAGCAAUUUCCGUUCGGCUGGGCAGCAGCAGAACAAUCACACUAGCACAGCAGCCGCGGAGUCGGUGAGCAAAGCGGUGGCGCAGUACACCGUCGACGCGCGGCUGCACGCCGUGUUCGAGCAGUCGGAGUCCGGUAAGUCAUUCGACUACUCUCAGAGUAUGAGAACCACCAAAGAUUCCGUCCCGGAGCAGCAAAUCACCGCCUACUUGUCCAAAAUCCAGAGAGGCGGCCAUAUCCAGCCCUUCGGCUGCACUGUCGCCGUCGACGAGUCCACCUUCGCCGUCAUUGCUUACAGCGAGAACGCCCGGGACCUUCUCGACUUGAUGCCCCAGUCUGUCCCGGUGAUGGAACGCCGCGAGAUUCUGACGGUCGGCACCGACGUCAGGACGCUGUUCUCGCCGUCGAGCUCCACCUUGCUGGAGAAGGCCUUCGCUGCGAGAGAGAUUACGCUAUUGAAUCCAAUUUGGAUUCACUCGAAGAUUUCCGGGAAGCCGUUUUAUGCUAUAUUGCAUAGGAUUGAUGUUGGGGUUGUGAUUGAUUUGGAGCCUGCGAGGACUGAGGACCCGGCGCUGUCGAUUGCCGGGGCAGUGCAGUCUCAGAAGCUUGCGGUGAGGGCGAUAUCGAAGCUGCAGUCGUUGCCUGGUGGGGAUAUUAAGCUGCUGUGUGACACUGUGGUGGAGAGUGUUAGGGAGCUUACGGGGUAUGAUAGAGUUAUGGUGUAUAAGUUUCAUGAGGAUGAGCAUGGGGAGGUGUUGGCGGAGAGUAAGAGGGCGGAUUUGGAGCCUUAUCUUGGGCUGCAUUAUCCGGCUACUGAUAUACCGCAGGCGUCCAGGUUUUUGUUCAAGCAGAAUAGGGUGAGAAUGAUUGUGGAUUGUCAUGCCACGCCGGUGCAGGUUAUACAGGAUGAGGGGCUUAUGCAGCCUUUGUGCUUGGUUGGAUCAACGCUGCGUGCGCCUCAUGGUUGUCAUUCGCAGUACAUGGCUAAUAUGGGGUCAAUUGCGUCGCUGGCGUUGGCGGUUAUUAUUAAUGGAAAUGAUGAUGAGGCUAUUGGUGGGAGGAGCUCGAUGAGGCUAUGGGGGUUGGUUGUUUGCCAUCACACUUCUGCGAGGUGCAUUCCGUUUCCUCUGCGCUAUGCUUGUGAGUUUCUGAUGCAGGCUUUUGGUCUCCAGUUGAAUAUGGAAUUGCAGUUGGCUGCACAGUUGUUGGAGAAGCAUGUUUUGAGGACACAGACGCUCUUGUGUGAUAUGCUUCUUCGUGAUACCCCGACUGGGAUUGUUACUCAGAGUCCUAGUAUCAUGGAUCUUGUCAAGUGUGAUGGGGCAGCACUCUACUACCAAGACAAGUACUAUCCAGUAGGUGUCACACCUACUGAAGCGCAGAUCAAGGACAUUGUUGAGUGGUUGUUGUCUUCACAUGGGACUUCAACAGGCUUAAGCACUGACAGUUUGGGUGAUGCGGGGUACCCUGGAGCUGCCUCACUUGGUGAUGCUGUCUGCGGGAUGGCUGCUGCUUAUAUUACUAAAAGGGACUUUCUGUUCUGGUUUCGAUCCCACACCGCAAAAGAGGUGAAAUGGGGUGGAGCAAAGCAUCAUCCUGAGGACAAGGAUGAUGGGCAGAGGAUGCAUCCACGUUCUUCAUUCAAGGCGUUUUUGGAAGUGGUUAAAAGCCGUAGUUUGCCAUGGGACAAUGCAGAAAUGGAUGCCAUCCAUUCCUUGCAAAUUAUUUUGCGAGACUCGUUUAAGGAUGCUGAGACAAACAAUUUAAAGGCUGUUACAGAGAACCGGCAUGGGGAUCUAGAGAUUCAAGGGAUUGAUGAGCUCAGCUCGGUAGCAAGAGAAAUGGUUAGAUUGAUAGAGACUGCAACUGCUCCCAUAUUUGCUGUAGAUGUUAAUGGGCGUAUAAAUGGGUGGAAUGCAAAGAUUGCAGAGCUGACAGGGCUCUCAGUGGAGGAGGCUACAGGGAAGUCCUUAGUUCAUGAUCUCAUUUACAAAGAAUCUGAAGAAAUUGUUGACAAACUUCUCAUCCACGCUUUAAGAGGAGAAGAAGAUAAAAAUGUAGAGAUAAAACUGAGGACAUUUGGCCCAGAGCAUGACAACAAGCCUGUUUUUGUGGUGGUAAAUGCUUGCUCUAGCAAGGAUUACACUAAUAAUAUUGUGGGAGUUUGCUUUGUUGGUCAAGAUGUUACUGGUCAAAAAGUGGUAAUGGACAAAUUCAUUAACAUACAAGGUGAUUACAAAGCCAUUGUUCACAGUCCCAAUCCUUUGAUCCCGCCCAUAUUUGCUUCGGAUGAUAACACAUGUUGCUCGGAGUGGAACAAUGCCAUGGAAACACUCACUGGGUGGAGCCGUGGAGAUAUGAUUGGAAAAAUGUUGGUUGGGGAGGUCUUUGGCAGUUGCUGUCGGCUCAAGGGUCCAGAUGCUAUAACAAAAUUCAUGAUUGUCUUGCACAAUGCUAUUGGAGGCUCAGACACCGACAAGUUUCCUUUUUCAUUCUUUGACCGGAAUGGGAAGUAUGUGCAAGCUCUCUUGACAGCAAAUAGGAGGGUGAAUGUAGACGGCCAGGUUAUUGGAGCUUUCUGCUUUUUGCAGAUUCCCAGUCCAGAACUGCAGCAGGCUCUUAGGGUCCAGAGACAACAGGAGAAGCAAUGUUUCGCUAGGAUGAAAGAAUUGGCAUACAUGUGUCAGGAAAUAAAAAGCCCACUAAGUGGUAUACGCUUCACUAACUCACUUUUGGGGGGUACAGAGCUGAGUGAAGAUCAAAAGCAGUUCCUUGAGACUAGUGCUGCUUGUGAAAAACAAAUUUUGAAGAUUAUAAAGGACGUUGAUUUGGCUAGCAUCGAAGAUGGUUCUUUGGAGCUUGAGAAGGAAGAUUUUUUACUUGGAAGUGUCAUAAAUGCUGUUGUUAGCCAAGUAAUGUUAUUGCUGAGGGAAAGAAAUUUACAAUUGAUUCGGGAUAUUCCUGAAGAAGUCAAAACACUAGCUGUUUAUGGUGAUCAAGUGAGAAUUCAACAGGUCUUGGCUGAUUUCUUAUUGAAUAUGGUACGUUAUGCACCAUCUGAUGAAGGCUGGGUGGAGAUUCAUGUUCGUCCAAUCUUGACUACAAUUUCUGAUGGACACUCUAUGGUUCAUACGGAAUUCAGGUUGGUAUGCCCUGGUGAAGGUCUUCCCCCUCAAUUAGUUCAAGACAUGUUCCAUAGUAGUCAAUGGCUGACUCAGGAGGGCCUAGGACUGAGCAUGUGCAGGAAGAUUUUAAAGCUCAUGGGUGGAGACGUCCAAUAUAUCAGAGAAUCAGAGAGAUGUUACUUCUUAGUUAUUCUUGAGCUUCCUAUGCCUCAGAUACUGAAAAGAGUGUUGACUAGGUAAACACUUGCUCACUUUAUAGUCUCGACUAGAAAUGCUCCUUAUACCAGAACAAACUGCUCCUCAUACUAGCCACCCCUGAUUCUUUUUGACGGCACUCAACACAUCAGAAAACCCCAAUUCUACCCAGUUUAUCGAGUUAUUGGGGGUUGCUGCUGCCAGCAACAGUUCAUAUCAGCAAUAUAUUAAGAUAUCACUAACACAGUAAACAUAUUAUUGAGUUGGUUUGCUGCUGUGUGUUAUUCAUUGAAAAAGAGCAAGCGGGUGCAUCUGAGAUAACUGUGCUUCCAAAAAUACAACAUGGCUCUCUGGUAUUUGUGACAGUGAGACCUGUGGUUUGGAUCCACAUCUAUCUGCUCCACAAUUCAUUCUACCUAAAUACUUCUGUUUGUAACAGGCUCCCAGUGUAAAUUUCUUCUUCUGUGUAAUAAACUAGGGUCCCAGGUUUUGGUCUUUGAAAAUAAAAAAGCAGUUUCUGAAUUU